CGUCACCCGAACUAUUCAUUACGAAAAAAGAAAACUCGUACGACACGACCAGUGAAUUACAAUUGGACGGACUGGAUUCUUUGGGUACUCCACCGCCACCAGCACCACAAAGUCGUCAGAGUGAGCAGUCUUCUGGUGAAGUCGAAGCGGCGAUCAAAGAUAUUAGGAUGGCUCUGCAACGGACAAAAACUUUGCCUGUCAAGUCACCGUCGGAAGACCCAGCUGAACCUAGUGUCAGUCCUAUUUGGAUACCAAGUCUGUCGCAUGCUAGGCGGCGAGUCUGCCCGACGACGACAACGACAACGACAACAACCAGUGCUGCAAUAGAAAGUGCAAGCGAAGAUUCAGAACCAGCAGCACCUCUGCCACCGCCCUUGACAACGCGUACAAGUAAUCGAGCAGGAGUCGUUGGUCUCGAGGUAGUUACGACAACGGCGACAGCAACGUCAACAACAACGACGACGCAAGAACCCGAACCUGAGGAAGCUGCCGACGAAGAGGAAGCUGACACAGAUUUAGAAACUGAUCGAUUGCUUGGACAACAGAGGACUGACGAUCAAGGAUUUUACGAUGACAAGGGAUGGCGCAAACCGAAAACCCGGACGCUCCUCCCGACGACCCUCAACUCAAAACCCUCAACGAAACCUACAACGCCAGCGAAACCUACAAGCUUAUCCCUUGGUGGUCAUGAGUCAUUAAGUACAACCGAACCAUCAACAUCGAAUUCACCUAAAGAUGUUGUCUGUACAAAAGACAACGUUGUCACCGAAGAGACGAGUCCAAAACAAAAAAGCUCAUCGACGCCGGUUGUCAAAAAUUCACCUCCCUCACCGAGAAGCCUCAAGGAGCCCGUCAGUAAGGACAAGGAAGGAAAGAAGAAGCGAAACAAGGAAGCUCUGCUGGACGACCCAACAGUACUGAUCGAGGGUGUGUUAUUCCGCGCGAAAUAUCUUGGCUCGUGUCAAUUGCCAUGCGAGGGACAACCUACCAAAACAACAAGAAUGUGCCAGGCUGAGGAGGCGGUGUCAAGGAUAAAGCAAAAACUAUCAAAGUCCCAGGAGUCGUCUCCACAAGCCGCGUCGUCGUCAGCCGCAGAGCCACUGCAACCUAUGGCGACCACGCCGGAGGAAGACGAGUGCGACUCGACCGAGGAGUUGAUGGCUGGUAAACCGACGACUCCUCUUCCUACGGCGACUGCCACCGCUACCACGACAACAACAACGACAACGACAACAACCCUUGAACCUUCAGUAUAUCGACUUCGCUAUCUCGGCUCGGUUGAAGUCGACGGCGAAAGCAGGCGACGAAGACGCAAACGCGACAAGAAUCAAAUGGUCGAAGAGGCCGUCAGGAAGAUUAAGGCACCAGAAGGAGAAUCACAGCCAAGUACCGAGGUCGACCUAUUCAUCUCGACGGAGAAGAUAAUGGUGCUGAAUACGGAUCUGAAGGAGAUAAUGAUGGACCACGCGCUUCGUACGAUAUCCUAUAUCGCGGACAUCGGCGAGUUGUUCGUCCUCAUGGCACGGCGACGAUUCGUUCCGCACGAGAUGGACGAAGCUCCGAAGAAUAGGACACCAAAAAUGAUUUGCCAUGUGUUCGAGAGCGAAGAAGCACCGCAGAUUGCUCAGAGCAUCGGGCAAGCUUUUCAAGUCGCUUACAUGGAGUUUUUGAAGGCCAAUGGGAUUGAGGAUCACAGCUUUGUCAAGGACAUGGAUUACCAAGAGGUGCUUAAUUCUCAGGAGAUCUUUGGCGAUGAACUGCAGAUGUUUGCUAAGAAGGAGAUGCAGAAAGAGGUAGUAGUACCAAAGGCCAAAGGCGAAAUCCUGGGAGUAGUGAUAGUAGAAUCAGGCUGGGGUUCGAUGUUGCCAACGGUGGUGAUAGCGAACUUGGCCCCAUCGGGGGCAGCCGCGCGUUGCGGCCAGCUGAACAUUGGUGAUCAGAUAAUCGCGAUAAAUGGUGUCUCGUUAGUUGGUCUUCCAUUGUCGACCUGCCAGACGUACAUUAAAAACUCAAAGAACCAAACUGUCGUGAAACUCACCGUUGUGCCGUGUGCUCCCGUGGUCGAAGUCAAGAUCAAGAGGCCCGAUACAAAGUUUCAGUUGGGCUUCAGCGUGCAAAACGGCGUCAUUUGCAGUUUGCUACGCGGCGGUAUUGCCGAGAGGGGUGGCGUUCGCGUUGGUCAUCGGAUCAUCGAGAUCAAUAAUCAGAGUGUAGUCGCUGUGCCGCACGAGAAGAUUGUUAAUCUGCUUGCUACGUCCGUUGGCGAGAUUUUAAUGAAGACGAUGCCAACGUCGAUGUUCAGGCUGUUAACGGGACAAGAGUCGCCGGUGUACAUAUAAAGCUAUAAAGCGAACUCAAAGAAGAAGAUGCCUGACAGACAAUAUACAAAUCCCUCAAUCCAAUCGAUAGAUUGACGAGGCUUCACGCCGACAAAGACGAACAAAAAUAAUUGUUUUCGUUCUUGGCAGAUUUCAAUUUUUGUUAAUAUUUUAAUCCGUUCGCCCCCCCCCCCCCCCCACUUCUAAAGAAUCUAAUUAUAAUAACGAAGUUGAGAUGCAUAGAUUUAACAAAAAAAAGAAACUUUGAUAAGGCCGUCUGCCGCACAAGAACGGGCCAAAAUUCUGCGAGAAUAUACAAAUCCUAUUCCCAAGUAAAACUCUCGAUGCGCACGAUUAUAAAUAGCACAAAUGUAAGAGAUUACAAAAUGCAAAACAAAAAGAGGAAAAACACAUUGAAACAAAUAAAAGCGACUUCUGUAUAUUAUAUUUAAAAAAAGUACCGCUUCGAAGCUGAAGAAGAAAAUGAAAAAGGGAGCUUCGCUUGUCUAAUUAAUUUGUACUAAUAUUCGUAUAAAUACCUAUAAAUAUUAUAAAUAUAACGGAUAGCGCUCGACCGCGUAUAUAUAACAUAUAUUAUAUCUAGAAGAAACAAAAGACAGAGAAAGAUAGGAGAAAUGGAAAAGAAAGCACGUGCGACUCUGCGCGACAGGGGAUAUCAGUUCCUAAUUAUUUUGCAGAGUCGCUCUCGUUCUUGUACGUAAAUAUAUCGUUGGAGGAAAGCUAGAUCGCCACCGCUUUAAACCGCCAAUCUCAGAGUUUGUAUUUAAGUGAAACCGACAGAUGUACGACUUACUUAUGUAUGACAAGGUUUUGUCUAUUUUUGCUGCGAUAACGACGAAGACAUUUUUUCGCUUUUCGAUUAAAGAAGACCAGGCGAUUAUUACCAAAUAUAUCGCGUGAUUAGUUAAUAUGUACGCGAUGCUCUUAUAUAUAGUUUUUAGGUAAAACGAAAGGCCGAACGGUUUAGCGUGCAUGGUGGUGGGUCCGAUGUUUUUUAAUAGCAAACCAGAAUUAUUAGCAUCUAUAAAACUUCUGUAUUAUCCAUUCAAUUGCAUAAUGUGAGUGUCCGAGAUUUGUUGCCAUAGGAAUGAUUGAUUAUUGUACUUGUUGUAAGAUGAAAUUACAGUAUUGUUAAGUGUUCCGUUACUCAUAUUACAUUUUAUGCAUGGUUGUUUCAGUUGCAAUUUGUUUUUAUUUUUCUUUACACAAUCUACUUAUGAAUCUCGAUUGACUAAAUCGUGACUUGAAACGGCUAAACAGAAACGUAUAAUCUUAUGUCUUUGUGUUCAAACACUCCAUUUAUUGAAGAGAUCCAUAGGUUACAUCAAUAAAUGCUCAAACCAAGCAAUCCGAUUUACGCAGCAAUGAUCAAAGUGUGAUAAACGAGUCGCAUUAUAUAGCAUCAUAAUCCAUCCUCCCUGUAUUUAGCAUAUCAAAUUCUUGUGCGUUAAGGUAUAAGCAAGAAAAGUGAGAAUUCCCGUGGUUAACAUCGGACUCACCGACUCGCGGGCGAAGCAAAAUAGGGAUCAAACAGUGAUGUACAGUGAUGUCGGUAGUAGGAGGCUGGCAAAGCUUGGAGGUUUUAUCUAGUCAUUAAACGCUAAGAGUUAAAGAUAACAAAAAACAAACAAAUAAAUAAUAUUACUCUAUGCGAUUAUAGAGGGGGAGAAUACUCAUAUGGGAGCCAACUCCGACUGAUUUCAUCAAAAAAAAAUAAUAAUAAUAAUAAAUAAAUAAGACAAAACCCAUAUGACUCGCGAGUGCGGCAAUAGCACGUUAUGUAAUUCGUAAUAUAUACAAAAAUAAAAAAUCGAGCGAGCUGACUGAACUGAGUUUCCUCAUGUCCUCUUGCAGGCGGUCUCUCUCGCUCAUAAUCAAAUCGACGAUUUCGUUGAGCGGAAUUAUUAUUACGUAUUAUUAUUAUUAUUCCUUUAGUACUCAUGCAUUUGUUUACUCUUUUCUUUUUCUACAUUGGAUCGUGGAAUUGAUUUCCUCCUUUGCAAUAGAACCUUUCAUCGAUUCGUCGUUCGAACGUAAGAGUUCCGUCGAUUUCUUUUUUUAUCAAUCGCUCAUUUUUUAUAGAGAAAACUUGCAAUUGGUGUAGGUGCAAAUGACGAGUCUCGAAGUACACGAAUGGCGAAUUGAUGCGGUUCUUUUGAGUUAUAUGUUGUAAAAAGAAAAAAACAAACUUUUUUUUAGCUGAUAAGAAUGCGAAGAAAUCGUUGUUAACGAAAAAGCAUAAACUAAAUAAAAAAAGAAGAAACUAAGAAGCGAAAAGUGUUUGAGACUGCGUAAGAGAAGAAUCGUUCAAAAUAGUGCUUUUUUGACUUGUUUACGAUAGGCCAAAAAGAGAAAAAUUUGACAAAAAAAGAUAAUUAAAGAAGAAGAAUGAGUGAGUAUGAGCUUUUUUGCAUUGCACACCAAGUUUCUAUUAUAUGUGUUCUUAAGAGAACACAUACACGCUAACACACAAAUAAAUUGAUAAUUUUUCGAAUGCCCAUGGAGAUGAAGAAGAGGGGGGAAAUAAUUAUAUAUAUACAUACAAAAACUUAUACAUAAAGUGAAAGAAAAAAAAUUAAUAGAGCUUGUGCUGGUAGCUUUGGAGUCAUGACACAUACUUUAAUUAUACUUCAAUGAAAAGAAAAAGAAGGAGAAUACAGAGCAGGCUGCGAGGAUUAUAAGAAAAAAAUAUCAUGACUAUCUUUAUCAAUGUUUGUGAAUGUAUUAUAAGUUAUGGUUAAACAAGUAAGCGAGCUAUUGAAUGUGUAUAUGGUAAUACUAUACUAGUCCAUACAAAGACAACAAUAAACUGUAAUUUUGAA